AUGCCCGACUCACCACACAGCAUAUCGGUUACAGAUGGACUAGCAGAUAAACCCUAUAAUUCUAGCACAGAUACGCAACUCAUAUCAACGCCUUGUACAAAUAGUAAUGCCCUUGUAUCCGACAAUUCAAUAUCCACCAUUGCUCAAUACAGGUCGCGUAACGCAUCUUCCGAGUCAAGUGUUGGGUUUACACCUGAUCCUAUUAGCAUUUUUGCUACACCUCAAACAUAUCAGUCCAUGUCUAGAUUCGAUCAAACUGCAAGUCAUCAUUUAUCUGCAGACAAUAUUUCCAAUGCAGUUACAAAAACAUCUUUUUCUCCUAAAGAAACCCCUUACUCUGGUUGGCAUCGUUCCUCUGAUGUGUCAACGAUAUCAACCGGUAUACCUAAAGCCGUAUUAUUGCAACGCCAAGAUCAAAUUGAUAAAAACGCAGCAAGUGAAUCGGAGCGCUUACCAUUCACCACAUUGUCUUGUGCCGCCAAACUCGACAUUCCAGACAUAGUUAAAUCAUUGUCCAUAUCCGCUUUAUCAGUAAACCCAAAAAGACGGGAAUCCAUUUGGUCCAUUAACAAAAGAUGGAAUGAGAUGAUGUCUCAAAACGAGCUUAAAUCAUCAUCCAUCGCAUUACAAGCCUCUAGUUUGCCUUUUGUGAAAGACUAUUCCAAAAAGCAUGCACAUACUUUCAAACCUGACUCGAACCAUGUUUCUUCCCGAAUGGAAACAUCAUCUGAUUCUACGUUUAUGCCGGCAUUUUCCACUUAUUCAAAUAGAAAAAGCACAAAAGAGCGUAUAAAACGAGGGAUCACAUUUAAUGAUACUGUCAUGUGUAAAUCCAUCUCCAGAUUAGAGGAUCUUAUUGCCGCGUUUGAUGAGGAAGAAAUAUAUGAUGGCGACGUCAGUUUGAAUACAAAUGAUGAUUACAACUUGGAUAAGAGUUUUGAUUGUGCGAAUCACACCCAAACCAUUCAAUCGGUUGAUGGUGACACUGUACCCCAGUCGAUCAUGACUGCAAACACAUCGUAUACACGGCAUGUCGGUGCGCGUUCUGAUGUAUUGCAGAUCUUGAAAGGGCGUAGUAAGUUGCCAAACAGUUCUAACCAUGCUAAACAUUGCUCAAGUAUAUCCAAUACAUCGUCUAGUAAAUCGUAUCGUACCAAAUGUAAUCGUCCAAGUGUUGCAUCACAACAGAAAAAUACAAAGAUGAAGGGUUAUACCAAGAAACUAUUGCAUGAGAACUGUGCAAUCUAA